AUAAAUUGAUUAAAACCGUUUUAUAUAUUAUUAAUCAAAUGUGAAAAGGCUAAACUGUUGAGAAUUUGUUCAGCUAAUAUAUGAUACCUUCUGGUGUCUUUAUCUGUAUGUCUCCCAUCAAAAUUAAAAAACGCUCUGCUGUACUGCCCAAUUCUUUAUCAUGUUUAAUUAUAGUCCUGUUCAUAAUUUACAUGAAUUUUUCUUUAACAUUACCUUAUACUGACCUCUUCACUUCAUUUAUUUUAUUCGUGGUUCUUUUCCCCAAACAUAAGAAAAUAAAAAUAUUAAAAAAGUUUAUAUAUAUUUCAUAUUUACUAACUUCAUCUCCCCUAAAAAUUUAAAGUUGUAUUUCUACAGCACUUUUAGUUAUUUCAAAAUCCCUUAACCAUUGUAUGCCUUUGACCUCCCUUUACCUAUUUUAACCAUGAUCCCUAUUCCCUACAAUUAAGCACGAUAGGAAUGACAGAUUAUGACGAAACUUUGGGUUUCUAAUAAAUCGUCGAUUUGAAUAUUAAUUGCGCUAACGGUAUUUACUGAUUGUAACGAAACUUUGGAUUUGUAAUAAGUCGUCGAUAUGAACAACAAUUGUCUUGAAAUAACUCUUAGUAGAUAUGUUCACCACUCUGUGACGCGAUCGUUCAUUUUCCUUUAUGAGUAUCUUUACUGCUACCAACAUUUCUUACUGAUAAAUCGAUUUAAAAUAUUUUUACAUUCAAGUGAUGCUGAAUAUUUAAGAGAAUUUUACAAGCUGACGUUAGCGAUAACGGUGGCAACCUAUGUUGAUCUCGUUAUAUUUGAAAAAACCUUGAUUAAGGCGAUAUCAGUUUGAUUUAAUAGCGCUAAUUAGUGGUGUCACGAUCAUCAAUAAUGUAGUGACAUCAGUUAUAAUCACUUUUAGUUGUUCUCGAAGUUGUAGAGAGUAAAUAUGUUUGCAAGGUUAAUCAUGUUACUUGCUGCUUUACAGGGAGAAAGAAUCUCUGGCUUGGUGCCAUUUGAUACUACCAAUGCAAAAACCAUCAAAGAUUUCUUCCAAGUAACUUUCACGGCUGAUAAUGGUUAUAUAACCUCACUUUUUGAUUUUAAGAAGAUCCUUAUUGCAAUAACCGAAUGCACUUUAAAGGAGGGAUCCAUUUGCCACAUAGAUAAUAUUAUUGAUUGGAAUUUUAAAUGCAUAAUCACCGUAUCCAUUGAACAUAGUAACAAUGAAAUAAAAAUUGUUGGAAUUGGGUUUUCUCAAAAGGCAAUAAAAAAGCCAAGUAGAAGAAGACGACAUAUCGAAGAUAAAUUGGUGGACGUUAAAAUCCGAAUACGAAGAUCAGGCAAAGAAAAGAAAAGUUUAACAGUUCACAACAAUUUAAGUGGCAAUAUGAUCGCCUCCGCGAAUAGAUUUAUCAGAAAGUGUUGGGUAGGUGGUCAGUUUGUUACAUGCUUUGGACUAUGGACACCAAGACCAACUACAACCUGUUCGAAAGGAUUUAUAUGCAUUGGUCAUUUUACUGCUGCUAAAAAACUUUUUCUAUUAAAACGAUCAUUCAAAAGGCAAGAUAAAACAAAAAACAGGAACAUUAUACGUAAAAGGAGAAGUUUCCCGUACGCUUCUUCUACUACAACAGCAUUUAACGUUGUGUUUGAUACGAUAUUAUUUAAUGUUAAUAAUUUAUUAACCCAACAAAGUGAUGUAUGAUAAUAUAUGUGCAGCGUAUGGUAAUUAAAAGGCACCAUUGUGUCCGAAAUACGGUUCGCAAUUACAUUACGUGUUAAUUAAUAGACUUUUUUUAUGUAAGAUCUGUUUAUAAGCAACUUAUUACUCGAAGAAAUAAAAGUUUGUUUAUAACAAAAAAACAUAAUAUUUGUAAUCCACAAUUUUUUUUUUA